CCCCCCCCAGGCCCCAGGAUCGCUCUCGCUGCAGACGCCCGAGGAUCGCCGCGCCAUGACUCUGGCUGCUUACAAAGAGAAGAUGAAGGAGCUGCCUCUCGUCUCCUUGUUCUGCUCCUGCUUCCUCUCGGACCCCCUGAACAAACCCGCGUACACGUAUGAAGCAGACACCGUGGACCUCACCUGGUGCGUCAUCUCCGACAUGGAAGUCAUCGAGCUCAACAAGCGCACCUCGGGGCAGUCCUUCGAGGUGAUCCUGAAGCCCCCGUCCUUCGACGGCAUCCCCGAGUUCAACGCCUCCCUGCCCCGGCGGCGCGACCCCUCCUUGGAGGAGAUCCAGAAGAAGCUGGAGGCGGCGGAGGAGAGGAGGAAGUACCAGGAGGCCGAGCUGCUGAAGCACCUGGCGGAGAAGCGGGAGCACGAGCGGGAGGUCAUCCAGAAGGCCAUCGAGGAGAACAACAACUUCAUCAAAAUGGCCAAAGAGAAGCUGGCGCAGAAGAUGGAGUCCAACAAGGAGAACCGCGAGGCGCACUUAGCGGCCAUGCUGGAGCGCUUGCAGGAGAAGGACAAACACGCAGAAGAAGUGAGGAAAAACAAGGAGCUCAAGGAAGAGGCCUCCAGGUAAAGAGGCGAUGCUUGGACUGACAGCUCCGGGGAGGUGGCGGAGGCUGCCGCAGCGCGAGGCCGGCCGGUGGAAGGGGGACGUUCCUCUGCUUUCUUUGUUUGUGAAUGUACAGAGUUGACCAGUGAAGCCAUCCUAGUCAUUUCGGGGAGGGUGGGGAGGGAGGCGAGCGGAUGGGUGGGCGGGUGGGCGAGCGCCUCCCCGGCUUCGGGGCGCGCGCCCCACGGGGGUCCGGCGCGCCGCCCGCCAAGGAGGUCGGAAGGAGCCAGCCCAGGGCUGGCGAAGAGGAGGAGGUGGCCCCGGGGAUGGAGAGGGUGGGGAGGGAAGGGGGGAAAUGUGCGUCGUGUGUGACUUUCGUUUGGUGCUGGGCAGGCGGGCGGGUGCGCGCCCCCCUCCAGCUGCGGUUCUCCGGCUCCGUCCUGCCCCGGCGGGCGCCUGGCCAUCGAUGGGCAGCGGCAUCUCUUGGUGACCUCCACUCCUUUCAUCCCACCUCGGCUCCAGGGUCUUAGCCAGGGUGGCUGUUACUGGCCCCUAAACCUUACAGCACCGCUUUGGGGAAGGGGGAGAGGAGACCCCUCGCUGGAGGUGGUCAGAGCAAGACUCGCUCCAAAGGCUUCACCCGGCUGUAGGAGAUGCUGGUGAUCCUUUUCAGGGUGACACCGAAAAGCCCCGUGACUUCCCAAAGAGCUGCUUGUUUUUUUUGUAAGAAAUCUCCCAAGACUCAUCUUCUCGAUAGAUCUUGGACAAAAAUCCCCUUUCCUGCCCUAGAGCGACUCCAGGGCGAGAGGCAGAGCGGCACCCCGCUGCUGGCUUGCCCCAAGCCGUGCCCCCCAGGAGCUGCUUUGGGGAGGGAGAUCUGUGCCUCCAUGGAGGGUGAGGAGGGGAAGGGGUCCUGCCUUCCCAGCAGGAGACCUUGGAGACUCUGCUCUCUGCCGGGGGUGUACAGCUCCUCCUCUCCCAGUUGCCAGCAGGCAAUGGUCCCAGUACCGCCAGGCCCUGGCACCUCUAACCCUGAUGCAAACCAAGGUCUCGGUGUCCUCUACGGCCAGAGAAGGUUUUACAAGCACUGAUUCAGGUCCGGAGGGAGCCGUGUCUCUUCUUGUGCCAUGAGAUGCUCGCCCCGACCCCGGGGCCGGGGGGGGGCUGCCAAAAACGGGAGCGCGGGAGAAGGCGGCGGGCGAAGGAGAUGGAGGGGGCUGUUCUAGCUGUGGCACGAGCUGUCCUUUUUUUUGUAUACUAUGGUUGUAAAUAAACUGCCUUGGCAUUUCUUUUGUUUUCUCACGA